UUUAAAGCACAGCAGUUUGUCUCUGUUUUACUACCUCAGCCAAGUCAAGAAGAUAAGUUCAUUUCUUAUGUUGGAUGUGCUUUUGUUCUGAAGGCGCUGCACUUUUUGCAUCUGCUUGUUUCCCAACUUUCAGUAGAUAUCUUUUUCAUCGACUGGGAGCGUCCAAAAGGGAAGGUUCUUAAGGCAGUAGAAGGAGAAAAUGGCAUAAGAAGUGUUUCUGCACCAGUCAGCAUAUGGAGAACAUAUUUCAUAGCAAAUGAGUGGAAUGAAAUUCAGACCAUUAGAAAAAUAAAUCCUCUCUUCCAAGUGCUUGCUGUUCUCUUCUUUUUAGAGGUUGUAGGAUUUUCAAAUUUAGCCUUAAUGGAUUCAUCUUCUGGUCUAACUCGAAACCCUGAAAGUUACAUAGCACCCUGGAGCCGCAUUUUGAGAUAUGGUAUAUCCACUGUACUUUGGCUAUUGAUUGCUGUAAUUCAGGUGAUAUAUUUUUCUGUCAUUCAUGAAAGAUUUAUCGAAGAUAAGAUCAGACAGUUUGUUGAUUUAUGCUGCAUGAGCAAUAUUUCAGUUUUCCUAUUGUCAGACAGAUGUUUUGGGUACUACAUUCAUGGGCGAUCUGUGCAUGGCCAUUCAGAUACAAAUAUGGAAGAGAUGAAUAUGAACCUAAAAAGG